GGUAUAAAUCUGUAUUUAAUGAGCAAUUAAAUCCUUUCCAGAGAGUGACAUUUAUUUUCCAAAAACAACACCUCGACAUUUGUUACAAGAUUUGGUUUCAGUGAUGACAUUAUGGUGAAAAGUGUCUUGACAUCAAAACUGUGAACAAUGGAAGUGCACUAUUCCACGAUCAGCCCCUCAGUCAGUGGAGUCAUUUCGUCGAGCUACGUUACUGAAGAACCUCUCUGCUUGAACACUGUCACAAAGCCGGUUUGAAUAUCCAAGGGGAUCAUCAAGAAUGUGGACAUGGGUCAUGGUCACAGCUCUCCUUGUGCCAAGUGCGACCGAGGCCAAAUAUAUCGAAGGAGAAGUCAAGACUGCCGAGAAGUGGGCUUUCAUCACCAGGUUCUGCUUCCUCUCGAGCGAUGGAACCUUCACCUUCGACGUUGAAUACGACAUCGAUUACGCCACCGAGAAGCUGCUUCUUUACUACGACUCUCCUCACCAGUGGCCGGCCGUCUACAAGAGUGAGAAGACGUGCGAGGAAAGGGAAGCAGUCAUGAAGCGGGAGAACAACCAGGUCAUCAACCUGACCUUAUACUCGAUGAACUCUGAGUGCGAGAUCAUCAGAUCGUCGGGGGACAAGGCCACCUACCAGUGCAGGGGAUCGAGAUCCUUCCGCAGCGUCAGAGAGAGGUGGUGGUUCAUAGCCGUCAGCAACUGCGAGAGCACCAAGGGUCUACAACUCAAGUAUAAAAUCACAAUGACCAACGGGUUCGAGUACUGGACGAAGCAUUUCUCAGCGGAUGAGUUUUAUAUUCUGCAGACAAAUCUGGUCGCGAUGGUUCUCGAGCUGGGAAUCUUAUUCCUCUCAAUUUUAUCCGCAGCCGAGCUGAAGAGUCGCCAACUGUUCCACACCACGUACCGACUGUACAUGUCCGGAGUCGUCAUCCAGGUGGUGGGUCUCAUUUUCCUCAACCUCCAUUACGCCAAAUACGGGUAUAAUGGCGUGGGAUUACCCGAGACCAAGCUGAUCGGUAAAUUGCUGCUAUCGAUCACGAACAUCCUGAUGGUGCUGAUGCUGAUUCUGAUGGGGAAGGGCUUCAACAUCACUCGGGGCCGACUGCGUCAGGCUUCCUCCGUCAAGUUGACAGCCUUCGUUUGCAUCUUCUGCAUCACCUAUGCAAUGCUCUUCAUCUACGAACAAAAGGUGUUUGAUCCGGGAGAAGUCUUGUACCUGUACGAAUCUCCAGCUGGUUACGGGCUGGUCGUCCUCAGGUGCCUGGCCUGGAUCAUGUUCCUCUACGCCUGCUUCUUCACCGUCAAACAUUAUCCAGAAAAAUACAAGUUUUAUUACCCAUUUUUCUUCUUUUACACGCUUUGGUUUGUGUCCGGACCCGUCGUUAUCAUCAUCAGCAACCACGUCAUAGACAAAUGGGUCAGAGAGAAGGUCGUCAAUGGGGUGGAACUGGCCAUCACCAUUUUCGGUCACGCUUUCUUCCUGUUCUUGACGAGACCCAGUGCGGCCAAUAAAAACUUCCCAUACCAUGUCCGGACUACACAGAUCACGGCCCUGGAGACUUCUGCCACAGGGGUCAUGGGUAACAACACGUUGGAUGCCUUCUCUGCUCACCCUUAUGCACCAGACUUCGCGGAACCCAAAAAUCACACUUCGCCCGAUGUCUUCAUAGUCUCGGGGGCUGUUGAAAUGGAUCCAGAUCGGCCCAGUAUGAGACCCAUCCAGGCUCCGCGCAGCAUCAUCAAAGAGGACAACAGCUUCCCUCACUAUAAGCCAACGGCGCCUCCUCCUGUCUUUCAAGAGGCAUCAGACCGACCUUUAAGCAAUGGAGCAGAAACUCCCAAGUGAGCUUGCUCUGCGUUUCUCGAAACCGUCCAGUAACACUUCGAAUGAGAACUGGCGUCUUGAGAAAGAGCUUUUGCUCUGAAAGCGCAACGAAGUCAAUUCAAGCGAAUGCUGCACAAGGACUGCAGUCACUGCACAAUCACGUUCGUCUACGAUAACCUUGAUCGUAACCAUGUAGUACUACGUUCACCAAAGAGGACUAAAAACUAUUGAAUUUUUUUUUUUUUUUUUUUUUUUUUGAAAAGCAAGGCAGUGUUACCAGAUGCUCAGAAAAGCUGGUCUGUGUCCCUUUUCAGGGGAUGGGGUCGGGUUGGGUAACUUUUUCUUGGAUUUCCUAACUUUUGUGUCAAAAUGAGAGAAUAUUCAAUUUUUUCUGAAAAAAUACAAAUACUCAAAAUUAGUAUCAGGAUAGUAUAUACCAAUUAUUACAACCUCUCUCACUACAUGACUCGAUAAACGAAAUUUUGAACAGGCCUAUAAGUAUCGGUAAAAAUUGAAAAUUUCACUUGAAUAAAAAUUCUGUACUUUUCAACAAAAAUGGGGGCAACUUGCAAAUAUGCGUCCAAUCGUUAUGUCUACAGGAAUAAUACAACAGUGUACUGUAGGUCUACUUCUGCAACGGCAUCACAAUAAACAACAACGUCAGUGACAUGUCUGUAUCACGGUCCAGGUAUAUCUAGACCGUGGUCUGUAUACCAUACUCGACACAAGAAAUCUUCAAGCUUUCUGUUGCACGUGUGUAACCGUAAUUCAUAGAAGGUGUAACCAUUCCUAUUCCGUCUCUGUUCUAAGAGACUGUGCAAUCGACGUUGUGGGGACUUUCGUGUUAAUGUUACAUAGUAAAAUAUAC